GCUGGUGCCCUUAGACUCUCCUCUGCUUCUCCUAUGGCCGCCUCUCAUUGGCUGACAUAGUCCUUGGGGGCAGAGCAUCGAGGUCUUCGCGUUCCUUGGCGGUAGAGAUGGAACAACACUGUCCUAGCUUUAGGAAGGAGCUGGUAAACAAGCUGCUGUAUUUACACUUUAAGGAUGACAAAUGCAAAGUCAGUCCAGAUGCUCUACAGCUCAUGGUGGAGAUGCUGAAGAUCUUUGUCCAAGAAGCUGCAUCCCGAGCAAUAAGACAGGCUCAGGCUGAAGACCAGGACAAAGUUGACAUUGAACAAUUUGAGAAGGUGUUGCCCCAACUGCUUCUUGAUUUUUAGUAGCAGCAGCAGUGGAAGAGAUGAAGGUUGCUGUAUCAAGCUGAGCCACCUGGGUCUUUUCAAGUCAUCUACCUGCCUCUAACUGUUCUGGGACGGGAAUCAACCUCAUCUUAACAUUUCUGGGGGUGUCUUUAUUUCAGUAAGGAAUCCAAAAAGGCCAGGUUGUGUUUACUUCCUGGCACAAAUGAACCAAACCAAACAGAAGAUCCCUAGCCACUGUCUGUCGAGUGUUCUACCACAGCCACUUAGCAUAAGAUUGAGGGUCCCUUUCUUUCCCCUCUGCCAGGGCUGGAAAAUAAGGAAGCCUGUGUGGUGUCUUCCUGGAAAAGCACAAGGUGGGAAGUGAAGGAAGAGGAAAAGGAUAGUGAAUGAGAGGUACCAGGAUCAAGGGAAGAGCUAAGAGGGGGCAAGCCAGGUCAUGCUGGAACAAAACGAGAUGCUCUAGUUCCAGCAUUUCCUGCCCCAGGAGCUAUCUCAGUUAUAGAUCAAGGUACCGAUGCUGCCAUUCAUUCUUAGCACCCUGGAAAAGAAAGGCUGUAUAUGUACAUGGGAUUGAGGAGUCACUGCACCCCUGCCUCAUCUUCUGUGCCACCUCAACAGUCAUUACCCCCCACCCACCCCCAGCUCUGGCCCCAAGAGGAGCUCCCUAGGCACUCCAUCCAGCCCCAAGCUCAGAGUCAUGUACCUGAUCUUUAUACACAAACAGAGCCUGGUGCUCUCCUCCUCCCAACAUUUUUGCUGCCAUUUGACAUCAAAGCUAGUUUGUAACCUUUUAACCAUUUGAUAUUCCCCUCAGAAGCUGCUUCCCUGAGCUAUAAAUUUGUUCUCACAAAGCAACAUCAAUAAAUCAAAACUGUCUCCCCGCUUGGCUCAGCCUUCUCGCUGCCAUUAAUCACCCAAAGUCAAGUUGCUUCAAAGCCUUAUUCAGCUCCCCUUCCCCUUAACCCCCCCCCCCCCCGCCCUUUUUCCUCCAUCUUUUUAGGACGAAAGCAAAACUCUUAAAAAGGACAGAAUAACAAACAGCAUGUGUGUGAAUGCCCCAGCCCUCACAAGCCAGCUCCCUGCCGGCAGCUGAGAGAAGCUGUGAAAUAGGAAACCUUACACAUGUGGGCAUGAGCCGCAGCCCAGAGCCUGGCUUGCCUGGAAAACGUUACUCUCACUGCAGCGGCUGCUCCAGAAGCUGCCCGCCAUCAGGCAGGAUAAAGUAGUGUUUGUGUGAGUUGGCCUCAGGCCCUUGGGAACUGCCUGCAAGAACAGUGGCCCCAAGUAGGGAGGCUAGGUGGGGAUCUUGUUGGUGCAAUUGGUGGAAGGGGUGGACACUCCAGAGGUGGCCAGACACCCAAGUUCGUUGUCCUGCUAAUUUCUUUGGAUGUGGCAUUAGGCCAUACAGGUGCAGGAGGAGGAAUAAAGGGAUUCAUCACCUCAGGCUCCCCCAUCUUGACUGAAGUGACCAGUUUCCCAAGGGCAUACACACAAGCAGCACCUCCACCAUGGUACCCAGAUCCUGCCAGGACCAGAUUCAAGGGGGAUGGUCUCACUGUGGACCAAUGAUUCGACUCAAAGGUUCCCUUAAAAGUAUUUCCUGGGUUCCAGGCAAUACUCACUUUGUAGUACCAUCUAGUGCUUAAUAACAAUAGAUGCCUUAUUCCAGCUUUCUUUGCCUCUUCUGCCUGUAAGAGCCUUGGAGGAAGGGAGAGCUGCCUUAUUCUGUUACCAGGAGGAAAUAAUCUUUGAUUAGACAGGUUUAGCGAACUAACUUCAAACUGGGUGUUUUUUUGUACCCACCUUCCCAUUUGUGCCUUAAUGAAAAGCUAGCAAGCCCAAAACAUAAAGGGGCCUGGCCAAGGGGAUGCUCCAUUUUCUUGACCUGCCUGCCAACUCCUAGGAUCCAUCCUAUAUAACCAAGUCCACAAAGGCUUUUUCUUGCUCUGGGCCUUGGACUAAAGAAGUGGCAAAGGGAGUUCACUGAACAUUUUAAGGUUUACAAAGCACUUUCAACACAGCAGCCUUGUAAGAUGAGCAGUGCAAAUAAUAUUACUGUUUAGGAGAUAAAGAAAAUGAGGCCCAGGAACACUGUUGGAACUUAACCCAGGUCUCCUGAAUCCAGGCUGGGGCUCUUUGGCCAUUAUUCAUCAACCCCCUCAUUAGAAAAGAAUGAUGGGGAUUAUGGAUGAGGACAUAAGAGCCUUCUCCCCAGCCCCACACAUUACCAAAGAGAGCUGUACAUGGCAAUAGUUAACCAUACUCCACAGAAGCUAGGAGGCUAAAAACAAGUCCCAAGCAGCUCCCAGAGAAUACAGCAUUGCUUCAGACAGUCAACUGCCUGCAAUCAGGUGGCUGAGGAAGUAGAGCUGCACUCCCACCCAGCUGGAACCAGUCAUAAUUUUAAACAAACAGAACAAACCUUUGACUCAAGUUUUGUUGGUCGGAGCCCUUGGUAGAUGGUGAGCUUUUGUUUUCUAAGUGGCUUUUUCAAUUCCCUUUAAUGUCUAUCAUUGUUUUUCCAGUGUGGGAGCUGUUGCUGAUGAUGCUCUAGGAUUGCUAUUGACUGUCCAGAGGUGGUGGGAGACACAAGGCCUGGCUGUGAAUACUAUUAAAAAAAAAAUCCAACUCCAA